AUGGCAUCACACUCUCAGGCCUCGCAGAACCAAGAAGAAGAAGAGGAUGUCCAGGUCUCGGGUCCCCUCCUCGUGCAGAAGCUCCAGGAGUCCGGCAUCACCGCUCAGGACGUCAAGAAACUCGCAGAAUCUGGACUCCACACAGUAGAAGCUGUUGCAUAUACGCCAAAGAAAGCUCUCAUGCAGAUUAAGGGUAUAUCCGAACAGAAAGCAGACAAGAUAAUUGCAGAGGCCCACAAGAUUAUACCGCUUGGAUUCCAAAGCGCUACAGAAGUCCAUGCGCGUCGCUCUGAGCUCGUACACAUCACCACUGGAUCCAAGAAUCUUGAUGCACUUCUUGGGGGCGGCGUCGAAACUGGCUCCAUCACCGAGCUCUUUGGCGAGUUCCGAACCGGAAAGUCGCAGAUAUGCCAUACUCUCGCGGUGACGUGCCAGUUACCUGUAGAUAUGGGUGGCGGAGAGGGAAAGUGCCUUUAUAUCGACACAGAGGGUACCUUCCGCCCGGUGCGGUUACUCGCGGUUGCGGAGAGGUUGGGGUUGAAUGGGGAGGAAGUCCUGGACAACGUCGCGUACGCGAGGGCAUACAACGCGGAUCAUCAGUACCAGCUCCUCGCGUCGGCAAGUGCACUCAUGUCAGAAUCGAGAUUUUGCCUGUUGGUCGUGGAUUCGUGCACAGCUCUCUACCGAUCGGACUUUAGCGGGCGCGGUGAACUUUCAGCGCGUCAGACACACCUGGGAAAGUUCCUACGCACCUUGCAACGGCUAGCCGAUGAGUUUGGCAUUGCCGUUGUCAUGACCAACCAGGUGAUGUCGAACCCGGAUGCAUCGGCUGGCCCGUACAUGGCGAACGAGAAGAAACCGAUCGGAGGAAACAUCUUAGCUCAUGCAUCCACUACCCGCAUACAAUUGAAGAAGGGCCGUGGUGCUAACCGCCAGGCCAAAAUAUAUGACUCGCCGUGCCUACCGGAGUCCGAGACUCAAUUUGCUAUCCUCCAGAGCGGUAUCGGAGACCCAGAGGAAGACGCAUGA